UUUUUCUUAUCAAUGGGAAUGCAGGAUUAGUCUCACAGUAUCUGUUGAAGCUCUCAUUUUUUUCCUUAUUUCUAUAUGAAAAAUAUACAGCUAUAAAGCUUUUUCUUUUUGAAUUAAAAGGAAGCCCACUCUUCCUCAAUCUUGUUCGAUUUAGUGCUGUUGAACAUAACCGGGAGGACUGUUCAAGUAUGCUUCCAGCCUGGAUGCUUUUGGUUUUCUCACUAAUCCUCAAUGUCGAAGCAGACCAACCAGGUUUCAUCAGCAUUAACUGUGGUGCUACCAACGGCUAUGUAGACUUAACAACUGGACUGAAUUGGGUUCCAGACGAUGCCUUCAUCAAUGUAGGAAAUCAAACAACAUUGCAACGCGCUGUCCUACAAACAGUGUUAAAAACUCUCCGAGUUUUCCCUGACAGAAAUGCUAAGAAGUACUGCUAUGAAUUGCCUGUCUUAAGAAAUAGAGGUUAUUUGGUGAGAACUACUUAUUAUUAUGGCAAUUUUGAUGGCAGAAAUGCCCCACCUGUUUUUGAGCAACUAAUUGAAGGAACAAUGUGGACAACUGUGAAUACCACCAUGGAUUAUUCAAAAGGCCUCUAUACUUACUAUGAGGUUGUUAUAGCAUCCACAGGAAAAUCGAUGAGUGUCUGCCUUGCAAGAAAUGGAAACACCAUUGGUGAUCCAUUCAUCUCUGCAAUUGAAUUGAGGCUUUUGGAAUCUUCAAUGUACAAUUCAACAGAUUUUACAAAGUAUGCACUUGCACUCUUGUCGAGACAUAACUUUGGCAACUCGGCAAAUAACGUUAUCAGAUAUCCAGAUGAUCCAUACGAUCGCAUGUGGCAACCCUUCCAGGACUCUCAUAGCAAUGUGAGUAGAAAUCUAAAUACAACUACUAGGGGCUUGUGGAAUAUCCCUCCCCCUAAGAUUUUUGAGACUGCUUUGGCAACAGACAAGCUAGAGCCAAUGGAAAUCCAAUGGCCCGACCAAAAUCUCCCAAAUAACAGCUACUAUAUAGCUCUUUACUUUCUAAAUCUGGAUAUUGCAGAGCCUCAACGACUAAGAGCUUUCAACAUAUCUGUAAAUGGCAUCAACUUCGUUUCAGAGUUCAAUGUUUCCAUCAUACCAAGGAUGGUGUAUGCAAGAAAUUGGACUCUCUCUGGGCCCACAAGUUUAUUGUUGACUCCUGUUUCCCAGUCAAGUCUUGGACCAAUAAUCAAUGCAGGGGAAUUAUUUGAACUGGUCAACUUGGGAGGAAGAACUAUCACAAGGGAUGUGAUAGCUCUGAAUUUAGUAAAGAAGGAUCUGAUAAAUGUGCCGUCUGAUUGGCAUGGAGAUCCCUGUUUACCAGUUGGAUAUUCAUGGACUGGUAUAAGCUGCUCGGAAGGUAGUCCUAUCAGAGUACAAAUUUUGAACUUAACAAGCGCCGGUUUGAGUGGAUCACUAUCUCCAAGAAUUGCAGAUUUAACUGCCUUAACUCACAUAUGGCUUGGCAACAACAAUCUGUCCGGCCCAAUUCCAGAUUUGGUUUCUUUAAAGUUGCUGACUUCAUUGCAUCUGGAAGGCAACAAAUUCAGUGGAAACAUACCCAAUUCUUUGGCACAACUUAGCAAUCUAUCUGAACUGUUUCUGCAACUCAAUGAUCUUAGUGGACAAGUACCCAACGGCCUAUCAAAUAAUACGAAAUUAAAUCUUGUUAUUCAUCCAGGAAAUCCUUUGCUGGUGAACUAAUCACUUGGAGUGGAAAGAAAGGCAGCGAACCAUCCAGGAUUUCUGUAUUUCAGGAUUCAUCCAGGAACAAAAUUUGAUUUGAGAUCUAUGGCAUUGGGAUUACCAAGCAUCUUAUUCGUUGUAUUUUAAAUUGGCAAUAAAAUUUGUUUUAAAUCUUACCAUUUGUUCUACUCAUAAAAGAUGACGUUCAAUGCUUCAAAACCAGUCUCUAUAAAUUGUUUCACUUUCAAAAUUGAAUUAAUCGGAGCUCAAGCUUUUCAAGC